UGAUAAAGAGAAAGUUACUAAUUUCUUAGGUUAUGAAAAGCUUUAUCUAAAAGUAAAUAAGGAGAACAAAAAAGCAUUAAAUUAUGUUGAAAAAGUUCAAAAAUUUUACCAAAAUAAGGAGUAUGAAAAUGUUAUUAAAAUUUAUAAGGAACUUAAAGGACAUUUUGUUGAAGAACAUAUCAUUGUUGAUAAUGGAAAAAAAAUU